AUGUUAGCAAAAUCCGAAGAGGAGAGGUUUGGAAUUACAGCAAGAAAACCUGGCCCAGGGCAACAUACGUUGGAAAUAGAAAGAGGCAUUAUGCCAUGUAUUGAAGAUCUGUACCUGAGCAAUAGCACCAGAAAUCCCACCAAUCACUGCUUUGCUGUAAAAUGGAAGCGCACGAUCAGUCGAUUGUGCAAUACGGUUGCGCAAAUAUUCGUAGCCAACAAUUCGAGUCGGAGUGUAGAGCAUGUGCCGGAAAAUAGCAGGAGACAGACCUUUAUACAUCCCAAAAAAGCCGUCGUUGCGCGCGAUUUGGAGAGCCAUUCGGCACGCCGAGGCCGGGCGGACCGACGGCGUUGA